AUCUCCCGGCGUGCCCCGCGGCGGGCGCUGGGCCGGAGCCGGAGCCCGAACGGCGCGGCCUGGAAGAGGCCGGAGCCCAGGGGAGGCGGCGGCAGAGGCAGCGGCGGGGGCAGCCCAGGCAGCCCGAGCCCCGCGGCCUGGGCCUGCGCUCGGCGCCAUGAGCGGCGGCGGGCCUUCGGGAGGCGGCCCUGGGGGCUCGGGCCGGGCGCGGACCAGCUCGUUCGCGGAGCCUGGCGGCGGUGGCGGAGGCGGUGGCGGCGGCCCCGGGGGCUCGGCCUCCGGCCCAGGAGGCACUGGCGGCGGGAAGGCGUCAGUCGGGGCUAUGGGUGGGGGCGUGGGAGCCUCGAGUUCUGGGGGUGGCCCCAGCGGCAGCGGCGGAGGAGGCAGCGGUGGCCCCGGCGCGGGCACUAGCUUCCCGCCGCCCGGAGUGAAGCUGGGCCGUGACAGCGGGAAGGUGACCACAGUGGUGGCCACUCUAGGCCAAGGCCCAGAGCGUUCCCAAGAGGUGGCUUACACUGACAUCAAAGUGAUUGGUAAUGGCUCAUUCGGAGUAGUGUACCAGGCACGGCUGGCGGAGAGCAGGGAACUGGUGGCCAUCAAGAAGGUUCUUCAGGACAAAAGGUUCAAGAAGAAAAAGUUUGGUAAGGCUGAUGCUGGCAGCUCUGAAGGUGGUGCAGAGUGGAGUCCAGCCCUUAAGAACCGAGAACUGCAGAUCAUGCGUAAGCUGGACCACUGCAACAUUGUGAGGCUGCGCUACUUCUUCUACUCCAGUGGGGAGAAGAAAGAUGAGCUGUAUUUAAAUCUGGUGCUGGAAUAUGUGCCCGAGACGGUGUACCGAGUGGCCCGUCACUUUACCAAGGCCAAGUUGAUCAUCCCUAUCAUCUAUGUCAAGGUGUACAUGUACCAGCUCUUCCGGAGCCUGGCCUACAUACACUCCCAAGGUGUGUGUCACCGUGACAUCAAGCCCCAGAAUUUGCUUGUGGACCCUGACACUGCUGUCCUCAAGCUCUGCGAUUUUGGCAGUGCAAAGCAGCUGGUCCGGGGAGAGCCCAAUGUGUCCUACAUCUGCUCUCGGUACUACCGUGCUCCAGAGCUCAUCUUUGGAGCCACAGAUUACACCUCAUCCAUCGAUGUGUGGUCGGCCGGCUGUGUGCUGGCUGAGCUGCUUCUCGGCCAGCCCAUCUUCCCUGGGGACAGUGGGGUGGACCAGCUUGUGGAGAUCAUCAAGGUACUAGGGACGCCAACCAGGGAACAGAUCCGAGAGAUGAACCCUAACUACACAGAGUUCAAGUUCCCCCAGAUCAAAGCUCACCCCUGGACAAAGGUGUUCAAAUCUCGGACACCGCCUGAGGCCAUUGCACUCUGCUCUAGCCUGCUGGAGUACACGCCGUCCUCAAGGCUCUCCCCGCUAGAGGCCUGUGCCCACAGCUUCUUUGAUGAACUGCGGAGUCUCGGAACCCAGCUCCCCAACAACCGUCCGCUUCCCCCCCUGUUCAACUUCAGUCCUGGUGAACUGUCCAUCCAGCCUUCUCUCAACGCCAUCCUCAUCCCUCCUCACCUGAGGUCCCCAGCAGGCCCUGCAGCCCUCACCUCGUCCUCACAAGCUUUAACUGAGACUCAGACUGGCCAGGACUGGCAGGCACCCGAUGCCACAGCGACCCUCGCUAACUCUUCCUGAGGGCCCCACCGACCACCCCUCCAUGUCCAUCUGGGAAGGCCCCAGUGGGGCUGGGAAGGGGGCCACCGCCCAUCAAGCUCCUGUCCUGGCUGGGCCCCUAGACUAGAGGGCAGAGGUAAAUGAACUACCCCGGCGUCCAGGCCUCCCUCAGCAGCCGCACCUUUGUGGUGGGCUUUUUAAAGAGGAUUUUAACUGUUUGUGGGGGAGGGAAGAGAAGGAAGGAUGGGGUUUGGGGGUAUGAGGACCUUCUACCCCUCGGCCCCCUCCCCUCCCCCAGGCUACUACUCCCCUGCCCCCCACAUCCCUUGUAAAUAGAGCCAGCCCAGCCCAUCUCCUCUCCCCUUCCCUGGCUCCCUGGGUGUAAAUAGAUUGUUAUAAUUUUUUUCUUAAAGAAACCGUCGAUUCACACCAUCCAACCUGCCCCCAGCUGUACCCCUCUUGUCCUCUGCUCCCAAGGCUUCCUCCCUCCCUCCCCCCAUCCUGGAAGAGGGGAGCAGGGGAGCCCCUGGUGUCUUAGUUUCCACAGUAAGGUUUGCCUGUGUACAGACCUCCGUUCAAUAAAUUAUUGGCAUGAAACCCUU